AUGGCGGCAACAACACAGCUCCCUGCUGAGAUCUGCAGCGAGAUCUUCGCCUAUGCACUCGCUCCAGUCAAAGACAGCGACAUUCGAACGAUCCCUUGUCUCAAUCUCCUAGCAGCUUGCAAGCAAAUCCACAACGAGACAUGCUUGCUACCGUUCCAGAGUAACACGAUUUCUCUGCCCGCCAUUACCGACUCAUCAACAUCCGCGUCCUUAAGCCUGCUCCAGCGUCUUUCCGCGCGACAGCUGAGGGCUGUGCGUGGACUCAAUCUGCAGGUGGUGGGCUCAGUCCUUGAUGCCACAGCGGCUGCCAAGGUGUUGCGGCUAUUACGCCUUGGUAAUGACCAGUGGGAUCUGACCCUCGACUCUGCUGCUCGAUUCCUGCCACGCUAUGAAGGCGAUCUGAGGGAGCUAUCCAUCACUGUCUCGUCCAGAGACAUCGCUGUGCCGCUGGCUGACGGCAGGACUGGGCUGCAAAAGACUCUUGACCCGGCAUCAUCUCCUCUGAUGUCUUGGCUCCCAGCGUUCCAAACAUUACGGAAGCUUCAACUGCGAGUCCGGGUAAUGAGCGAUCAGCAGUUCCCCAAGGAGCUGCGAGAUCAGUUACAGUUGACGCUUGAGGCGAGAAUGCCUGAGACGCAAGUUCAGACCCAAUUCGAGGCUCUGAGUGGCCCGGAUGCCUUUGUGGAUGACUUCGAUAUGUAUCCGGACAGCUACAUCGGCUUAUGGGGCAACGUCUGUCCUUACCGGUGGAGUAUCACCAUUUGA